CUUUGAUCAUACUUAGACUUUUAAUUGUAUUUUAUUCCAUCAGCUGAUAAAUGAAAUGACUGAAAAUAAGAAUCAGCAGAAUCAGACAAUGGUGACUGAAUUUCAUUUCUCUGAUUUUCCUCAUCUUGAGAAUGGCAGCCUCUUCUUCUUCUUCCCUUUGCUCUUCAUUUACAUGUUCAUUGUUGUUGGAAAUCUCAUCAUCUUCUUUGCUGUCCGGCUGGAUACCCGACUUCACAAUCCCAUGUAUAAUUUCAUCAGCAUCUUCUCCUUCUUGGAGAUCUGGUACACCACAGUGACCAUCCCCAAGAUGCUCUCCAACCUGGUCAGUGAGCAAAAGACCAUCUCUUUCACUGGGUGCAUCCUGCAGAUGUAUUUUUUCCACUCACUUGGGGUCACAGAGGGCCUCAUCCUCACUCUGAUGGCCAUUGACAGAUACGUUGCCAUCUGCAAUCCCCUGCGCUAUGCAGUUGUGGUGACCUCUCGAUUGUGCAUUCAGCUCUCUUCCGCCUCUUGUGUUUUUGGUUUCCUUAUGUUGCUUCCAGAAAUUGUGUGGAUUUCAACUCUGCCUUUCUGUGGCCCCAAUCAGAUCCAUCAACUCUUCUGUGACUUUAAACCCGUGCUGCAUUUGGCCUGUACAGAUACAUCACUGAUUCUUGUGGAAGACAUGAUCCAUGCUAUUUCCAUCUUGACAUCUAUCUCCAUCAUCACCCUUUCCUAUUUAAAGAUCAUCGCUGUGAUCUUGAGGAUUCCCUCAGGAGAGAGCCGUCAGAAGGCAUUCUCUACCUGUGCAGCACAUAUUACUAUUUUCUUGAUGUUUUUUGGCAGUGUGGCAUUCAUGUAUCUGCGCUUCUCCAUCACAGUCCCACCACUUCUGGAUAAAGCCAUAGCACUGAUGUUUGCCGUCCUUGCCCCAUUUUUCAAUCCAAUAAUCUACAGUCUGAGGAACAAGGACAUGAAAGAGGCCAUCAAGAAAAUAUUCUGUUCUCCAAAGACGUCUAGUUCCUUUGGGUGCUGAUGAAAAUUCAUACACAGGUGUUCAA